AUGGCUCUCGCUUCCUUCACUGCCCGUUUCAAGCAAUUUGUUACCCCCGAUGCCCUCAGAUCUUAUCUCGCUGAGUUCAUUUCCACAUUCUUUUAUGUCUUUGUAGUUGUCGGUUCUGCCAUGGCUUCACGGAAAUUGAUGUCGGACUUGGCAACCGAUCCGUCUAGUCUGGUGUUAGUCGCCAUUGCAAACACCUUCGCGCUGUCCUCGUCGGUGUACAUUGCCUCAAACGUUUCCGGUGGGCAUGUGAACCCCGCCGUCACUUUUGGGUUGGCAGUUGGGGGUCAUGUAAGUGUCUCGACUGCUCUGUUUUACUGGGUUUCUCAAAUGUUGGCCUCUGUGAUGGCUUGCCUUUUGUUGAAGGUCGCCACUGUCUCCCAGGAUGUCCCAAUAUAUACAAUUGCAAGUGAAAUGACAGGGUUCGGAGCAUCCAUGGUAGAAGGUGUGCUGACAUUUGGUUUGGUGUACGCUGUUUAUGCCGGAGGUGACACAAGAAGCGGUCCACUGAGGAGCAUUGGACCACUGGUAAUAGGAUUGAUGGCAGGAAGCAUGGUUCUGGCGGCAGGACCAUUCUCUGGAGGGUCAAUGAACCCAGCAUUAGCCUUUGGGUCAGCCGUAGUUGCUGGACGGUUCAAGAACCAGGCAGUUUAUUGGGUUGGACCAUUGAUUGGAGCAGCAGUGGCUGGGCUUCUGUAUGAUAAUAUUGUGUUCCCCGGUCAUGUUUCUGGAAGGGUGAAUUCCGAUGGAACAACUGGAGUUUAA